UUAAAUGCGGGAGGGCGGUUAGCUGGACACCCUUAGUGAGCUGCUUGGUUACGCUGUAGAGGAGGAGGCGCGCGGACACACCGCCUCAGGUCUUACCUCGGGUCUGAUCCAUCUCUAACAAACACACCGAAUAUUAACCAGACCCGAUGCCCUGAGUGUCUGUACCACCGGGGGCUGAUUCAGUUUAGAUUAGGCCUAAUCCGCGCGCAGGAGAGAGAGUCUGCAGCGAAUUAACGCUAGCCUAGGUUCUGUUAAUGCGGCUUUAGUGCAGGAGCUGCCUGCUAGUUAGCCUAACGUUAGUUAGUUUUGUUGAAUUGGAAUAUUUGAAUGUUCCAGGACACAAAGCCGUUAAACUCUGAGCUAAUGAGCGGUUUGGCUCCGUUUAACCUGUUAAAUUUGGGUUUGAUUUAUGUUACUGAUUUGAAAUUAUUAAGUGGAGUAGAGGGUGGAUAGGCAGCAGAAUGUGAAUGUAAAUUUUACUGCAGAGUAAAAGGGUUAUGUAUCAUCUACACUUGUAGCCUGCAUAUAUUUCAAGGCCUCUAGAGGGGUUAAAGUGUGUCCUGGAGAUCUAUUUUAAGAAGCUAGAUUAGCUCCCGUACUGCAUGUUUCAGCUCAAACCUAAAUCUAACUAGCUCUAUAACAAACCCCGUUCAGCCAUUCCAGCACUACAGAAGGCAGUAAUCGUGUGGAUCAGUGGGUCAUACCCGAACUAAUUGGCCAGUCUCUGGCGACAGUUUUGAUGCUAGUCUCCAUGCACUGGUUCAUUUUCCUCCUCAAUCUUCCUGUGGCAUCGUGGAACGUUUACAGAUAUGUGAAGGUUCCUAUGGGUAACAUGGGAGUGUUUGACCCAACGGAGAUUCACAAUAGGGGCCAAUUGAAGUCUCACAUGAAGGAGGCCAUGAUUAAACUGGGCUUUCACCUACUUUGCUUUUUCAUCUACUUGUACAGCAUGAUCCUGGCACUGAUCAAUGAUUGAUGCCCUGGGGCCGUAAGAACCUAAACUGCCAAAUCAUAAACUGUCCGCUCUGCGCCGUGAAAGAAUAGAUUCAUCAGUCACGGACAGAGCCACAUCAAGGAAAACACUCCAUCAGACACCUCACCCAGCAUAAAUCCCACCCCCCCUCCCCCUUACUGAAAUAACAGAAGUGUUGCAGUCUCAAUGCUGUCCUGGAUCAACUUGAGAGACAGGUGUCCCCUAUGUAUCUUUUUAUUUGUGUAUUUGCAAUGAAGUUCAGCUGUGUGUAGUUGCUUUAUUUAGCUGUUUGUUCAGCAUUGCUGCAUUGCUCACAUCGUGCACUGCUUCUCAGGGCUGAAGCAACAUGACAAUCGCACUGACUCAUGGGGGUGACCGAUUGGCUUAGAGCUUGUGAGCAUGUCAUCUUUUCAGGCUUGUCUUAAAUAUGCUGUCAUUGUACACGUGUCCACCUGUCUUCAAGAUGGAUAUGUAUAUUUUUUAUUGUUAGUUGCUGGAAUACUCUUUUUAUACAAAGUUUUAUUGUUGCUGAGUUAUGGAAACUGGGAUAUGUAAUUAAUAAGCACAUUUACAGGCAUGCCCUACAAUUGUGUGUCCUUAAUAGAAUACGUGGUAUUUUGUUUAUGAUUCGUUCAAAGUUACACAUUUGAUUGUUUUCUGCAUUGCGGUUUCUGUGGUUUUUGGUUGCUUUCAUCACAUAGGCUGACAUUGUUACCUCUGUGCCUUCUGGUUUUCAUUUUAACAAAUGUGCUUGUUCAUCUGUAAAGCAAAUGUUUCUGGGAGCCAUUGUCUUCUAUUUCUGUUAAAAAUUAAGUGGCAUCUCAGAGAGUUUAAGUAGAAUGAAAAACACUAUGCUCAGGGGUAAUAAACUUGGGAACUGCUGGCUUUUCCAUGACAAUACACCAACUCUGCGCAAAACUUUAUUUCCCCUCUUGCUGUCAAAUAGAAAUUUUGGAUCUCCAUAAUGUCAGAUUUAAAGCAGAAAGAGAAAAACAGUUCAGUGAAAGUCAGUGUAAAAUGAUUUUAUAUUAAGCAUUUCUAUUAUUGUCAGAUUCAUAUGGAAAAAAGGCAAAAAUGGAGAUUUAAUAUUUUUGUGUGACUGUGAUCGCUUAUUUCCUGCAGUUAAUGGUUCCAUGUAUGUUCUGCAUUCGAUUCUUAUGCUGCAUUCACAUGCUAUCAGAAUUAAGGGUAAUACAGGUUGCUAACUUGUAAGGUGCACAUGACUUGUUGGUCCAACAACAAAGGUCCAACAACAAAGCUUAAAAAUGUGAUGUGCUCUUACUAUUCUCUGACUUGCAUGUGAAUGCAGUUUUAGAGUCGUUCAAACCUGCUAUACAAAACCUGUUUAGCUUCUGCCAUCUAACAGUUAACAAAUGCUUCAGUAGCAUCUGAAUAAUAGUACUUUCUUCAAAAAUCUUCACCAGAGUUCUUUAGUGUUGACAGAGGCAGUUUUCCGUUUUCCAGACAUUGAAAAGAAGUACAAUCUAGAACUAGGCCUAAUCCAUGUCUGGAAAUCUGUCUUGGAAAUCGUCUAACAGCUUCAAACAUAUGAGUAUGAGGGGUGCUUUUUGUUAGUUAGAAUAAAAAACAAGUGAAUAUGGGCAGUACAUAUAUUUUUUCAUAAUUGUGAAAAAACAUAUUUUUGAGUAUAUUGUGGAUAUUAUAUCAUUGAUAUCUCUUUAAUAGUGCAGUUUAAGUGGAUGUAGUUCAGCUAUUAUUACAUCUAAUCUAAAAAUGCUUUAUUACAUUAUUAUCCUCCUUUCACCCUGUUCUUUAGUGGUGUGGACCCCACAGUACCAGCACAGAGCAGGUAAAUCUUAGCACUGCAGUUACACUGACAACAGAUGAGCUUCUGUCUGUGACUUUACAGCUACAAAUUGGACCAGCCUGGUUGGAGUGUCUAACAGAGUGGACAUUGACUGGACGCUGUUUAAAAACUUCAGCAGCAAUGCUGUAUCUGAUCCACGUACUGUACCAGCACAACACACACUAACUAACACACCAUCACCAUCACAUGUCAGUGUUGCUGCAGUGCUGUGAAUGACAAACCACCCCAAUAAUAGCUGCUCUGUGGUCUUUAAUUGCCAGUCCCUCUGUACAGUAUUCAGUAUCUGAAAAACAUGGGCACCCUUUUCAUUACUUGAUCUGCAAUAGUCAGCCAGCAAUCACAUGGCUACAAUACCUAUAGUUUGGCCUUGCCAUGGGAAUGAGGGGGCACCUUUUUGUUAAAGUGAGUGUACUGUCAGUGAGUCUGCCCACCUGCUGCCUUCCUUUCUUUCAGUUCUGUGCACUCAUUUUCUGAGCCAGCUUUCUGUGAAAAUCCCUCCUUUCAAAAAAUGCAAUGCAAAAGAUGUCCAUCUGAAUACACAGCUCCAACUUCACCCUCAGUUAAUGGUUUUGUACUCUUUCCAAAGGAGGCACAUCUGGUAACAAAAAACAUUCAUAUGGCAUAACAGUCAUUUCAUAUAGUCUUGUGAUGUUUUCAAACCACUGAAAUUCCUUUUCAAAGCAUGUUUACUUAUUCUUACAAACUACAUGUUCCAAAGAAGUGACUUUGCAGAAACACUAUGUACUGUAUAUGGAAAAAGUAUGGAUCAUGGCAAGGGUACCAGAUGGAGAUAAAAUAUGGUCCUUCUCACACCUGGACACUUCAUGUGACUAGUAUCUGGAUUAUAUCCUGGAAGGAUUUCGGCUGCAUAUAGGUACACUUGGUAGUCAAAAGUGCUUAGUGUCCAGUUCAGUUAUUUUCAGACCAAUUAUAGUCAGAUUAUAAUUUUUUGUAACAUUUUUUUAUUUUUUUAUGCGGCUUCUCAUCCAAAUAUAAUACUGAUACAAUACAUGAAGUGACCAGUUGUGAUAGUUGUUUAUAUUUACAGUAUUGGGGCUAGUGUCAUAAGAUAUUAUUUACAUUACCAUAUCAGUACCAGUAUUUAGUAUGUAUACAAGUACAUAUACGUUUAGUACUUAUAUUUCAAAACAAGAAGGAAAAUAAAAACCUAUGGUUCUAGGAUCUUCCACUCAUUCCUGCAGUCUGCUAAAGGAUUUGGUGGAAAACAGUGUGAACUUUACACAGUCAAGGGAUUGACUAGUUUGUAAUUUGUUUUCUGUGGAUUGCCUGAAAAUGGUCAAAGUAUUUUAAAGGAGAAUGUGAGAUGGAGACACUUUUCAGUUAACCGGAAUACAAGUACAUGAACUUUGCUUUGUCACCUGUCACUCAAAAUGAAUUGAAUUAAAUCAUUUUAAGACCUUGA